AUGUCUUUAGCUGUGUGGCUAGUGAUAUUCAUUUACAAGGGACAUAUUUCCGAUUAUUGUUACAAUCCACCAGGUAAUAUAUUUCAUUUAAGAUUCAACUCAGUAAUGUUGGUUCGUUGUGGUAUGGAAAAUAUUUUACGAGAAUGGUAUUCGAUCGAUGCUAAUGUACUCGAGAUCAAUGAUAUAGCAACGUGGAGCCUAGAAAAAGGAAUCAUUAAAUUAGUUCCAGAUUUUCUUUUCGAAAGAAGAUAUAAUUUACAGGGUUUGGUUAUGAGAACUGUUGCACUCAAAGAUACAGCAUUCGUAAGAGUAAAGAAGGAUGAAGAUUUAGAUGGUUUAUUCGGUAAAAUAUUAAAAGAACUUUCUGUUACGCUUAAUUUUAGUUUAGAUAUUGUCUCGAAAGUGGAAGAGCAUGGAAGAUGGAAUGCAAGAAAACAGUCAUGUUCUGGAGCAAUUGCAGAAGUACAUGAUGGACGUGCUGACAUUGCUCUUGCAAAAUUUUCCAUUACCCAUGAGAGAUUAAAUCCCGUUGACUUCACAAUUCCUUUUUUCACUUCCAAAAAUUGUCUCUUCAUUCGGAAACCAGAAAGACAUGCGAUUAAAUGGACAUCUUACUUUUCAACUUUCACUAAUUCCAUUUGGAUUGCUACGUUUGGACUGUUAAUUGUUGGGUCGAUCUUAGUGGCAUUUCUGUUCGGAUUGAUAGAUUUUUCUGGUAGAUCUUCGUUAAGAAUGGCAUACUUCUCUAUAUUUCUUCUAGUUACAGUUUUAUGGGCUACCUAUUCAGCAGCUUUGAUAAGUUUUUUAACGUCACCUAUCCGUAUCUUACCCUUUCACUCAUUAGAGAGCUUCGUUCAAGACGGAACUUAUCAACUUGCCGUCUUUCAUGGAUCAUCUUAUGAUAUAUUUGCAAAUUCGCAAAAUCCACUUGCGAAAAAAAUAAUGAAGUUGAUGCUAGAUGAAGAAAAAUUGCCCAUAACUGCACUGGAGGGAUUUGAAAGAAUUUGUAACAAUCCAAAACUAGCAAUUUACACGUAUGAUGAAAUAAAAAAGAAUAUAGAUAAUAAACUACCAUGUAAUGUGAUUCAAGUUGGAACAGGAAGUAUAAACUGUUUGGCUAUAAUUUUAUCUAAGCACAAUCCAUUCACCGACAUCAUCAAUUUUCAAAAAAUUAUAUUAAAAAUAUUAAGAAAUGGCGGCGCUGCAGUUGAUGCCGCAGAGGUUUUCCGUCGGAAUACGCAUCACUGA